GUUAUUAAAAGGAAUAUCUAUAGAUGCUACAGAAAAGCUUAAAAAUGAAGAAAUUGACGGGACAGCUUUUUUGGAGUUGAACGCAUUAUUGCUGCAUGCAAUGGGCAUCAAAAUGGGCCAGGCCAUUAAAAUUCAAGCCAUAAUUGAAGGAAAAAAGGUGAAAAAUAUAAUUAUAAUAAAAUAUGGAGCUCAGAAAAUAUUAUUUAUUUUUUAUUAAAAAUAUAUUUUUAGUUAAAUAUAAAUUAUGAUGAUUAAAUUAAUGCAUUAGUGUAACAUUAUUUUUAUAUUUUACAUGAUAUUUUUCAGGGAUUUUUACGACUGAGUUGUUACUUGUGCACAAAAAAAUUUCAAUCCACUAAUGAUUAUACUUAUCAUUUAAGAAACACGCACCUGUUGUUUGAACCUUGUUUUUUACGAUGCAAUGCUGAUGGCUGCAUGCGCACAUUCACACUUUAUAAAGUGUUACGUAAACACAUUAAAAAAACUCAUAUGUGUCAUAAUAAUUUGAAAGAAGUUGAUAAACAUUCAGAUAUUACUAUCCAAAAUACAGAAAAUGAAUACUUAGCUGAAGAUUACAAUGAGGUUUUAUAUUCUGAAAGUUUAACAAAAGAAAGUGUAGCAAAAGAAAGUGUUUUUGUUGCACCUAUUGUAGACGAGUAUGGUGUUUCACACGCAGCAUUAAAAUUUUUGAUGUCUCUGCAAUCUUCUAGUUCCAUUUCUCUAAGCGUAUCUCAGUUCAUAAUGGAUAGUUUAAAUGAGUUGUUAAAGGAUAUUAUUAAUUAUCUGCUUGCCAAGACAGACGUUGUGUUAAAAACAUACAGAUGUGAUGCCGCAACAUUUAACACUCUUUCAGAAGAAUUUAACAACUGGAAAAAUCCUUUUAAAGGCAUUGAUACUCAUUAUAAAAUGUUGAAUUAUCUUAAAGUAAAAGGUCUCUAUGUUGAACCUGAAGCACAUUCAAUAGGAGAUCGGUGGGAUGUUAAGCGAGACAGAUCAACAAAGCAAAAAAUGCAGGUGUGUGUAAAAAAUAAAUUUUACCUUAUACCAAUUGAGAAAACUUUGAAAUUGGUUUUGCGACAACCUGAGACUUGGAAAAUUUUAAAAAGAAACAAUGAGUCAGCAAAUGAUAUAGCAGAAGAUUGGUUAGACGGUAAGCAUGGGAGACAGCUAAAAACAUAUGCCAAACAUUAUUUUCCUAACAGUAUUCAUGUAUUUAUUCAGAUUUAUUUUGAUGAGGUAGAGACAACAAAUCCGCUUGGAUCCAAAACUGGAAUACAUAAGUUAGGUGCAUUUUAUUUCACAAUAAAAAACUUUCCACCAGCUGCAAAUUCUGCAUUAAGCAAUAUUCAUUUGUUGGCCUUGGCACAUUCGGAAGACAUUAAACGGUACACCACUGAUACUGUUAUGGAAGUUAUUGUUCAGCAAUUAAAAGACUUACAUGAUGAGGGCUUUACUGUUUUUUGUGAUGGAAAAGAGAUAAAUAUUCGUUGUUUUUUAACACAAGUUGUUGGUGAUAAUUUAGGGCUACAUGCAAUUCUUGGAUACAAGGAAAAUUUUAGCAGUGCUUCAUUUGCUUGUGACUUGUGUAUGGCAACUCAGGAUGAGAUGCAAAAAGUAUUUUGUGAAUAUUCUCUUACAAUGAGGACACAACAAUCAUAUGAGCAACAUAUUGAGCAGCUUAAUAAUGGUACCAUUUUAUCUAAAGAGUGUGGCAUAAAGCGUCCCUCAACUUUAAAAAGUUUGAACUAUUACCAUCCUGCUUGUAAUGACUCAGCCGAUAUAAUGCAUGAUUUGUUUGAAGGUGUAAUUCCGUUUGAAGUCAAGUUAUUUUUGCGCCACAUAAUUUAUGACUUAAAGCUUAUUAAUCUCCAUGGGCUUAAUUGUCGUAUUAAUACAAUGGAUUAUGGUUUGGUUAGUAACUCAAAGCCAAGUUUUAUAAGUGAGUCACAUUUAAAAAGUCACAGCUCAUUGCUUGGACAAAGGUCAGCUCAGAUGCUGAUUUUGUUUUUACAUUUACCAUGUAUUUUAGCUGAUGUUAUUGACAAAGUAGAUACUUUAAAAUGGCGUUUGUACCAAUUGCUAAAACAGCUGACAGAAAAUAUUUUAUUGCCAAACUCUGUACUGUCGCAUGUUUUGUACUUAAAAGAUCUUGUAUCAGAGCAUCAUGAGUUAUUUAAAAUAUGUUAUCCUGAUAAAAGACUUUUAUACAAACAUCACAGAAUGGUUCACUAUGGUACUAUAAUAGAGAAUAGCGGACCACUUUUACAUAUGAUGGUAAUGCGGUUUGAAGCUAAGCAUAACUUUUCUAAGCGUCUUGCUCAUAUCAUUUCUAACUUUAAAAAUAUAGCGUUUUCUCUCGCAAGCAGACACCAACUUUCUCAUGCUUUUGUUUGGAUGACUAGAUGUCCAUUAAAGGGGAUUUCAGAAGUUGGAAAUGGUACAAUUAUUUCAUCGCCAGAUAUUAAGCAUAAGUCAUUAAUUUUACCUUUUAUUGGUGAAAAAUAGAUGUGUUUAUGACUGAAAAAGUAGUCAUUUUUGGUCAAAAGUACCAAACUAAGAUCUCUUUACUUCACUCUAUUAGUGAUGAAGGUGAACCGUCAUUUGUUAAAAUUGAACAAAUAUAUGUUCAUCACAGUGUAAUUUAUUUUAUUGGACUUAAGUGGCUUGUCCACAUGUAUUGUGAUCUGACUCUAUCGUAUUGUUGUUCUCUCGAUUCAGAGCGUGUAUGUUUGAGAGCAAGUGACUUAGCAGAUUAUAAACCUUUUGAUGCUGUUCAUUGUUUAAAACCUACAUGUAUAUACAAGCAUAUUAUUUUA